UUCGGUGAAAACGAUUGUAAACACCUACUUUAUAUUGCUCAUAUAUUUUUUCCCAUGAUUGUUUUUGAAUGUAAUUUGUGAGAAAGCUGUGACCCUAAGAAGUUUUCACUUGACCCGCCGCCAGAAUCUCAUUGCAUUCAGGUACAACAAUUAAAUCUAAUACAAGCUGGUUUGUUUUUUUUCAGCACCAACAGUUCAUAUUUUUAUCACAAGCCAUGAAGAAAAAUAAUGCACAGCAGCCAGCUCUGCAUAAAGUUAUAAUGGUGGGUAGCGGUGGUGUUGGUAAAUCUGCUCUAACCCUUCAGUUUAUGUAUGAUGAGUUUGUCGAAGAUUAUGAACCGACUAAAGCUGAUUCGUACCGUAAAAAAGUAGUCUUGGAUGGUGAAGAAGUCCAAAUUGAUAUAUUGGACACUGCUGGCCAAGAAGAUUAUGCUGCCAUUCGUGACAAUUAUUUUCGAAGUGGUGAAGGAUUUUUGUGCGUGUUUUCCAUUACAGAAGAUGAUAGUUUCCAAUCAACAAUGGAAUUUAGAGAACAAAUUCUACGAGUGAAAAAUGAUGAAAAUAUACCCUUUUUAUUAGUGGGUAAUAAAGGGGACUUGACAGAUAAACGAAAAGUGUCAUUGAAUGAAGCUCAGUCUAGAGCUCAAGAAUGGGGAGUGCCAUAUGUUGAAACAUCAGCUAAGACAAGAGAUAAUGUUGAUAAAGUAUUUUUUGACUUGAUGCGUGAGAUCCGUGCUCGUAAGAAAGAAGAUGUAAAAGGAGCAAAUGGCAAAGGUAAAGACAAAGGUAGACGAAAGAAGUUGAAAUGUAGUAUAGUGUGAAAAGUUUGAACCCUCAACAUCUCUGGAAAUCUAAUUCAUUAUUAUUUAUUAUAAUUUUUAAUAAUAUGCAAUCAAUUAUUUUGAUUUUGAUUAUGUCUUUCUCCUAAAUAUAUAUCAAGGAUUUUAAUUUUA